AUGUGUGCAGGCCGCCUGUCGCUGCAAGUCGUGGCCGACUUUUUGGAGCACUGGGAGCUGCACCAGACCCUUUCCGUCCUCAAGCUGGAGACAGACAUGGCGACAGAGGACCUCUUGUCGACAGAGGAGCUCGGGUCUAUCGUGGCGAAUGGUGCCGUGGUGGGAAAGGGCGAGAUGAAGACGCCUGAGGGAAAAACCUCGCCGGUGAUGCUCCAGCUGCUAGCGGCGUGUCGGGCAGCACCUCGGGACAAAGAAAAUGAGUUUCCUCUAGGGGCCGCCGCCACCGCCACCGCCACCGCCGGCGACCGGAGCGAGAGAUUAAUCGGCGAGCACAAGGGCUGGGAGGGGGAAGAGGGCAGGCAGGAAGCGGAAGAAGAAGAAGGGGAAGACGGCGGACGGCGGAGCACCACGUGGAGAGGAGUGGGCGUGGAAGGGGAUGGCGUGCCGCCAAGGGUCACGCUGAGGAAACGAAGAGGAGACCACGGUGGAACCAAUGGCACCAGCGUUUGCGGCAUGGGCAACGGCAGCGGAGGAGAAGACGCCAACGAACCGGCCUCGAGCGUUUCGUCUGAACCAAUAUCGUCGGCGACGGCAGGAGUAAGAGAAGGCGACCGGCAGAGCCGGGAACGGGAGAGCGACGGCGACGCCGAGGAGAGCCGGUUUGGCGGGCUGCUACUACGCAAACAACCUACAGCUGCCGAUGACAAGGACGGCGGGGAAGACAACGGGGGGGGACAGGGCAGGUGGGAGCACCACUUUGACGGGAGAAUGGACGAGGACUCUUACGACUUCUCGGAGAACGUUGAGUCUGUCAGGGGGGGCGGUGAGGAUCCGAUCGUAGCAGCCGCCGCCUCUGGCGUGGACGGGGACGGGGGCGACGGCGAAUCGAUCUCGGCGGCGGUGGCAGCGGCGGGGGGGGGCGUGACGACCGAGAACACGGCAAUAGUGGAACAAGCAGGGGUGUACGACCGCUCGUACGAAGGCGAGGAGGACGACGGGCAUCGCCGAGAGGAAGGCGAUAGAUUUUCUAGGCACGCUGGUGCCAACGACAGCCCGUACGGCGGCGGCGGCGGCGGCGACGGUGCGUUGAGAAAUGGCAAUGGAGACAGCCUGGCCGGUUUUGGUGGUUCGAGCGACAACGGCGUCGGCGUCGAGAAGGAGCCUAGGAGCAGCGUGGACGGGGGCGUGGCGAGCGGCGUUGACGAGUGGAACGAGGACUACUACGAGGACGAUGACUUCGAUGGCGACGACGAGGAGGAUAGCGAUAACGAUGACGGUGAUGCUGGUAGUGCUGGUGGUAAUAGUGCCGCCGAUGUAGCGGCCAAGGUAGCUGCAAAUGCCGGCGAUGGAGAAGUGGAGGAGGAGGCGCUGCUGACGGGGGGAGAUGGCACACACCAGGACGGCUUGUUUGAUCCGGAGGGCUCGCGGGGUAGGGUCAGCGCGGAGCAAGAGGAGCGAAUCGCGGACCUGGAGUGGGAGGCGAGAGUCGGCCUAUCAGCUGACAGCAGCGUGUCGGCGAGCCCGAUGGAAGAAGACGGCAUGGACGGCCCGGCGUACGAGAUCGUGGACGCGCAGAGCAUUUAG